AAUAAUUUAAAAACGUAAAUGUAUAAAAAAAGCGUGUGAAUAAUGUAGUGUAUUUUUUACUUUGUAAGAAUGUUAUUACAGGCCUAGCUACCAGUCUUGUUCUACAUUUAAGUUUUACACAACAAAACAUUAUCUUAGUUUUAGAUGUCUAAAAACAAGGAAUACUAUGAAUCAAACAUUGGUUGGGUAGGUAUUUCCUCUGAUAUAUCACCUUCCGUGUCUGAAAAAUUUAUGAAUGUUAAUGAUGACGACGAAGGAAGGAACAAAAUUUUUCGUAGCCAUACCGUACUUAAAAAAGUUGAUCGGCAUGGAUUUGUUAUCUCUCACCAGCUGCACAGUAAAGUUUCUUCAUUACCCAAUCCCUCUAUGACUGGAAAAAUUGGUAAAAGACGUGAACGCAAGUGGUUAGACAUGGUUAAUAAUUGGGAGGAUAUGGUUUCAAAAAAGCCAAAUAAAAUUAAGGAACGUUGUCAAAAAGGAAUACCACAAUCUUUUCGGCCAUUAGCAUGGCAACACCUGAGCGGUGCAAUAAAACUUCAGAAACAAAAUAAAGAUUUGUACGAAAGUUUGUUGAAGAACGAAUCAAAGACAUCUAAAUGGGCAGAUAUUAUCAAGAAAGAUAUCCCCAGGACAUUUCGACAUCAUUGUAUGUUUUAUGACCACAAUAGUAGGGGACAAGACGAUUUGUAUAAGGUCUUGCUGGCUUACAGCUGUUAUAAUGCGGAAAUUGGCUAUAAUCAGGCCCUUGCCCCUGUUGCAGCUGUUUUGUUAAUGCAUAUGCAGCCAGAAGAUACCUUCUGGGUUCUGGUGUCCAUAUGCAAAUAUUACUUACCAGGUUAUUAUGGAGUCAAAAUGGAAGCAAUGAAGUUAGAUGGAUUGAUAUUUGGUCAUCUUUUGAAUUCAAAUUUUCCAUAUAUUGGAAAACAGAUGCAUUUUAAUAACAUUGAUCCAUUAAUGUAUAUAGUAGAAUGGAUGGUAUGCAUGUAUGCCAGAUGUUUACCAUUUCAGACUGUGCUGCGCAUAUGGGAUAUGUUUUUCUGCGAAGGUGUGAAAGUUUUAUUUAAAGUGGGCCUUGCCAUAUUAAAAUUGGUUUUCCCUUCUUCUAAAGACCUAGUGGACAAGGAUGAUUUUCAAAUUACUCAGUUACUGAAUAACCUACCAAAAGAGUACACAAUAGAAACAGUACUAAUCCCUGAAGCACUUAAUAUAAGUAUUACUGAAAGAGAGUUUAAAAAGGUUCAACAAAAAGUUAUAAUUGAAAAUCCAGAUCUGGAAAUUUCUCGUUUUAAUAGUAGUGAUUUAAAAUAAAUAGGAUACGUGUAUAAGGCAUGUAUAUAUGAUGCUUAAUGUUGAUUUAUUUCUUGAA